CUUAUUUUCAUCAUUCCAUUAUCAAACAAAAUGUCAACCGAUGAUCCAAAUAAUAUACUCUCUCAUGCCGAACAAUUCGUCAAGGAAAAGUUUCGAAAUCAUGAUCCUUCGCAUGAUUGGCAUCAUGUUCAUCGAGUACGUUUGAUGGCUUUAAACUUAACAAGAUGUCCAAGCGUAUCUUCAAAAGAUCCAAAUCUACUUGUGGUGGAAUUAGGUGCUCUAUUUCAUGAUUUAUGCGAUGCCAAAUAUAUCACUGAAGAACAAAAGUCAAAGUCGCAAAUCAAAGCUUCUGACGUUUUGGAAAACUUCUUUCAACCAUACUUAGACCAAGGCAUCAUUCAAGCUGAACAAGUUCAUACAAUAUACCGAAUCGUCGAUAAUGUAUCAUGGAGCAAAGAAGAAGCUCGUAAACGCAGGUUGGCAGCAUCACCGGACAAUGAAGCGGAUCUAGAACAACAAAAAUGGGAAGAUGAAUGUGCGGAAUUUCAAUGUAUCAGCGAUGCCGAUCGAUUGGAUUCGAUCGGAAGUAUUGGUAUUAUGAGAGUGGCUGCAUUUAGUGCAAAGAAGAAUAGACCUUUGCAUAUCCCACCUGCCAAUGCACAAAAUGAUUCCAAACCACCAGCAGAACAAGCAGAAGGAUAUAAUGGAAGCGCAGUUGCACACUUUCAUGAAAAGUUACUGAAAAUUCGUGGCGAUCGCUUAAAGACAGAUAUGGCACGCGAAGAAGCAGAGAGGCGGCAAUCUAUGAUGUCAUCCUUUUUGGCAGAAUUGGAUAUAGAAUGGCUUGUGGCCGAUCAAGGCGCUCAACUAUCACUGUUGCAGUAA